AUGGCAACCAAGUUUGGCUUGCCAGACGAGGAGAUCGACCGGCUCCUAUCGGAAGCUGAGGCUCGGCUUUCUGGCAAUGGCAGCUCAAACACCGUAGCUGCUGUGCCCGCCGCGAAGGCACCUGCAGUCAUCGCCGCGCCUGCUGUGGCAACCGCUGGGGAACAGACCGCUGUUCCGGCCAAGAAGUCUGAGAAGCUGUCGGUUCGCGUUCCCCAGCUCGCCCAGAAGAAGAAGGGCCCCAAGGAUGCUUUAGAGGACUGGUUCAAUCUCCCGCGGACUAAUCUCACGCCCGAAUUGAAGCGGGACCUUCAAGCGUUGAGGAUGCGCGACGUGGCUGCCAUGGGCAAGCAAUUCUUCAAGAAAGAUUCGCGCAAGGCCUUCAUACCUGAAUACAGCCAAGUCGGAACCAUCAUCGCCGGCGCCACAGAUGGCAUGAGCGGCCGCCUGACACGCAAGGAGAGGAAACGAACGAUUGUCGAAGAAAUUCUGGCACACGAUAACGUCAGCAAGCUCAAGAGCAAGUACCUGGAUAUCCAGGAGAAGAAUAAGAGCGGGAAGAAAGGUCACGCAAAGAUGAAUCCGGCGCGGUUAAUACGGCCAUUACAGCCGCUCAUCCAGGGGAAAAUGCCCCCCGCAGCCCCUCGCUCGGCCGCGGCCGGUAUCCCACGAGCCUCGACACAGCUUCGCACCUAUGCUUCGGUCAGCCAGCCCGACUUCCAUCCGUCGAACCAUCAGCGCCAGCCCCCUGAAACCAACGCCGCCAAACCGGCCACCGCCGAGUCUACGAAACCCGACCCCCCGCGCGUGUCUCGCAUGCCCCGCGCUCUCGAGGCGCUGUACCUAAAACCGCUCCGGCGCGAGGCCGAGUACGGCGUGCCCUCGUGCAAUCUACAGCUCCGCUCCUACUCGAUACGCAACCUCGAGUUCUUCUGCGACUUUGCCCUGCGCGCGGCCUAUUACCUGGGCCUCCCCGCGUUUGGCCCCGUGCCCUUGCCGCGCAUGGUCGAGCGGUGGACGGUGCCCAAGUCGACCUUCAUCUUCAAAAAGAGCCAGGAGAACUUUGAGCGCAUCACGAUGCGCCGGCUGAUCCAGAUCCGCGACGGGCACCCGGAGACGGUCCAAUUGUGGCUGGCAUUUUUGCAGAAGCACGCGUACUAUGGAAUUGGUAUGAAGGCGAAUGUUUGGGAGUUUAGCAAGCUGGAUGUCGGAAAGGAGAUGGAGGAAAAUUUGGAACAGACGGAGAAGCUGCUGAAGGACAAGUGGGAGCACUUGGGCUACAUGGAUCUGCGGCCCGAGCACCAGAAGCCCAAACCCAGAGGUCCUCGCGAGCAGCUGCCUGCCGCGGCAGACCUGGAGGAGUACCUGGCCUCGGAGAGAAGGAGGCUUUUUGGCGGUCGUGCACCAUUAUCCAACGGCAAUUCCAAAGUCAUAUUCUCGGGCAUUCAGCCUACCGGCAUACCGACCCUAGGCAACUACCUCGGUGCCCUGCGCGAGUGGAAACGCCUCGAGGACAGUGCCGAACCCGACACUCAACUGUUCUUCUGCAUCGUUGACCUGCACGCCAUCACGGUCCCGCGUCCCAGAGAGCAGCUGCUUGAGGACAGGCGUCAGAUGCUGGCCAGCCUGCUCGCCAUUGGGCUCACGCCGACGCGGUCCAACAUCUUCUUUCAAUCGGCGGUGCCUCAUCACGCGGAGCUGCAGUGGAUUCUGAGCUGCACCGCUUCGACGGGUUACCUGUCGCGCAUGACCCAGUGGAAGGCGGCAGACAUUCUUGUCUACCGUGCCACGCACGUCCCUGUGGGCGAGGACCAGCGCCAGCACAUCGAGUUUGCCCGAGAGUGCGUCACCAACUUUAACCACACCUACAAGACGGACUACCUGGUGGCGCCCCAAACCCUGCUCUCUCCCUCCAAGCGCAUCAUGUCUCUCACCAACCCGACUCAGAAGAUGUCCAAAUCCGACCCUUCACCCAAGUCGCGCAUCCUGAUCACCGACUCGCCCGAGGACAUCAAGAAAAAGAUUCGGCUUGCCGUGACCGACCUGAACGAACUGGUCACCUACGAGCCGGCGGAGAGGCCAGGCGUAACCAAUCUCAUUGAGAUCCUGGCCAGCUUUGAUCCCCAGGGCCGUACCGCGGCACAGCUGGGCGAGCAAAUGAAAGGCCACAAGGUCGCCGAGCUGAAGCAGGUGGUCGCGCAGGUUCUCUGCGAUGAGCUGGCCGAAUUCCGGGACCGCUAUCAACAUUUCAUGGCCCAUAAGGAAGAGCUCCAGGAGGCCGCUAGCCAAGGUAGUUGGGUGGCGAGAGAGCGGGCAAAGAACAGCAUGAGCGACAUUAGAAGAAUCAUUGGAUUGAAUCGGAAAAUGUAUUAG